UAUUAAAUUUCCAUUUGUUUUUUUUCAACCAUUUGUUUCCGUCCGAGAGAGAGAGAGAGAGGGAAUCGAAGGAAAAACGUGGGAGUCGAAUUCACAGUGAGAGAGAGAAAUGGAGGGCAGCGCCGCCGUUGCAGGUCUCAGGCCAAAUUAUCUUCUAUGUUCUUCUCGCCAUUAUUCUCCUUUUCUUCAUUCCUCUUCAUCUUCAGCCUCCUUCUUCCAUAGAAAGCAUUCGUCUUCUUUCUUUCUCAAGAAGAAGCUUUGUUUUCCUUCCUUCCAUGCUAGCCAAACGGCUUCUCCCGUCAGCAAAUCUGCAACGGAAAUACCUGAGUUAGAUUGGGACAACCUUGGUUUUGGAAUAAUUCCUACUGAUUAUAUGUAUGUCAUGAAAUGUCCUCAAGGUGGCAAUUUUUCCGAUGGUGAAUUAAAGCGAUUUGGGAACAUUGAACUGAGUCCUUCAGCUGGAGUCUUAAAUUAUGGGCAGGGAUUAUUUGAGGGUCUAAAGGCGUACAGAAAAGAAGAUGGUUCUAUUCUUCUCUUUCGUCCAGAGGAAAAUGCGUUGAGGAUGAGGAUGGGUGCAGAGAGGAUGUGCAUGCAAUCACCAACUGUUGAUCAGUUUGUGGAAGCAGUGAAGGCAACUGUUUCGGCUAACAAACGUUGGGUGCCCCCUUCAGGUAAAGGUUCAUUGUACAUCAGGCCUUUGCUGAUGGGCACCGGAGCAGUUCUUGGUCUUGCCCCUGCUCCUGAAUACACAUUCAUAGUUUAUGUUUCACCUGUCGGAAACUAUUUUAAGGAAGGCCUUGCACCUAUAAAUUUAGUUAUUGAGCAUGAGUUGCAUCGUGCUACACCUGGGGGUACUGGAGGUGUAAAAACCAUUGGCAACUAUGCGGCGGUCCUGAAGGCGCAAUCUGCUGCAAAAGCAAAAGGCUAUUCUGAUGUUUUGUACCUUGAUUGUGUACAUAAAAAAUAUCUCGAGGAGGUUUCUUCAUGCAAUAUUUUUGUUGUGAAGGGGGAUGUGAUAUCUACUCCUGCCAUAAAAGGAACAAUAUUACCUGGAAUUACGCGAAAGAGUAUCAUUGACGUUGCUCGUAGCCUUGGAUUUCAGGUUGAGGAACGAUUUGUGGCAGUGGAUGAGUUACUUGAAGCUGACGAGGUCUUUUGUACGGGGACGGCAGUGGUUGUAUCACCUGUGGGCAGUGUCACAUAUCUCGGGAAAAGGAUAUCUUAUGGAAAUGGUGUUGGAGUUGUUUCACAACAACUCUAUUCUGUGCUUACCAGAUUACAAAUGGGCCUUAUCGAAGAUAAAAUGAAUUGGACUGUCAGUCUAUCGUAGGCAUAGGUGAUUUUGUAGAAUCAUCGUUUACCUUUUCUGCCAGUCCCAGAGAUUUUGUAAUUUUCUCAUUUCUAAUUAACGGUGUAGAUAGAUUUGGAAAAUGUUCCAAGAAUAAUUAUAAGAUUUUUCUGUAUGCUUUGGUUUGAACUGGAAAUGAGUGGCCAAUGGCAUUACGAAUAUCAAAAACUAUUUUGCAUAA